AUGACGCUUCAGCGACAAUACCUCCCCAUCGAGGCCCUCCCCGCCUGGGCCAGGCUGAACGGCAUCAUCUGCCACGGCGUCGCAUUCGAAUGCUUCCAGUCCUCCGACGGCACGGACAAGGGCUCGGCGGUCAUUGCGAAGGAGGAGAAAUACAAUGGCGAUCCGGCGAGCGAAGAUUCGCGGCCGGAGAUCCUCAUCAGGGUGCCGCCGGAUAUGGUCCUGUCGCUUGAGCUGGUGGAUAGUUAUGCCAAGUCGGAUCGCUAUUUGCGGGAGGUGUUGGAUGCGGUUGGGGAGUAUGGGAGAACAGCUCGAGGCGCUAUCUUGAUCUUCCUCCUGCUCCAAAUCACCUACUCCAGCCAAGAAGACAACGCGCAGCCGAGAAUCGGGGUAUCGAAUCCCUGGUCGGAAUACAUCAAGUUCCUCCCCGCCUCUGUGCCUCUGCCGACGUUCUACACGGACGACGAACGCUCGCUGCUGUACGGCACGUCGCUCAAAGAUGCCGUCGAUACGAAGAUCGCCUCCCUGGAGCGAGAGUUUGAGCAUCUCCGCACCUCGACGGCGAAGAUCCCGUGGUGUGCGCGCGAAUGGUGGGAUGUCGACACGGGGCGAUUGACGUUUGACGACUGGAAGAUGGUCGAUGCCUUGUACCGGUCGCGCGCGUUGGACCUCCCGGGAACGGGCCAUGCGAUGGUACCUUGCGUGGAUAUGGCCAAUCAUGCCUCGGGCGAUGCGACGGUCGCGCUGUACGAGACGGAUGAGGAA